AUGGAGCCGAGCGAAUAUGAUGCGGUACUUUCUGACCCAGAACAAGUUCGCGAGCGCAUUAUUGGAAGCAAGAUCGUCAUUGCGCUGGAACAGUGCAUGCUUUUUGUAACCUGGGGGGUGAAAGUCUGCCUGUUGAUACUCUACUGGCGGAUCACUAAGAAUCUACCCUCGAACCUCCAUGUCAAGAUCCUCGCCAUUUAUGUGGCGCUUGGUUUCUUCGUGAUUAUGAUCACCUACUACACCGUGUACUGCCGACCCUUCUCGCAAUAUUGGGCGUUGCCAGUGUCGAAUAUGCAGUGCGCGACGUACCAACACUAUUCAAUCACACAGGCAGCUUUCAACAUCUCAUCAGACGCCUUGAUGUUUGCCAUCCCAAUACCACUCAUCGCCAAAGCUAAGCUCCAACCGCGCCGGAAGUUGCUACUGCUCUGCGUGAUGAGCCUAGGUCUUUUCACAAUCAUUGCCGCCAUUCUGAAUAAAUACUUCAACUUCGCAUCCCCAUUGACCACUGUGUACCAGAUCUGGUAUAUACGUGAAGCCAGCACUGCCAUCUUUGUCGCCAACAUGAUGUGCUGGUGGCCGCUCCUCCGGAAGCUGUUCGGUGCGAGAGCCUUCCAGUACCAAAUCAACAGCGGACAUCCAUCCGGUGCCACCGGCAACAAGGGAAGCAAUUCCUACUGGAAGGCUGCUGGCUCACAGUCCCAUGCAUCCUUUUCGUUGGCCGGCCCUUUCUCUCGACCCAGUUUCCACAGCUCGGUAAAGGAUGCUACCCUCAUUGCACACAGCAGUGGAGUAAACUCUAGCCAAGAGGCGAUAAAUCAGUCUACUGGCGGGGUCAUAGAAAACGGGGAUAAUUUUCCGCUCCAAGUUUGGGGCAAGGGCAAUGAACGAGGCACUGAUGUUGAAAACCUCGCCAUCCAGGAGUCGAUCGCAAAGUUUGAAGAACGGGACCACAAGGAAGGAGCGCCUCGUGGGGAUCGGAUUUACUAUACUCGCGAGUUUGACAUCCGCUCUGAUUCCAGGAGCGGAAAUUCGCCUACAUAA